AAUCGGUAUUUCAGUCUGUUUAAUGUUUAGGCUUAUAAAAUAUUUGUUGUAGUUUUGUCAAAAUCUAAUAGAUGGCGAUAUGUCAGUGACGUCAUCUUUCUGUAUCGCGGUGUUAAGAUUUUCAGCCGAAGAAUGACACCGCGGUAAUAUUUCAUUAAAGUUGUCUUGCUCUGAAAGUGUGUUUCAUUAUUAUUGGAAGUAGUAUUUUUGCGACUUUGUACAUGGUCCUUCGGUUCCGGAUAAAGGAUUGGUGUGCAAAAGUCUACUUAUCUAUCUACCGCGGAGUACGAUCGAGUUGUAGUAAUACACGAAGAAGUGUGCAGUGGUUCCAACAGUGCAGCAGUUCCAGCUGGUCGGCUUCAACAGCCAUAGUGGAGUCAGCGGAGCGAGUGAGGUGGUGCUGAGUCGUGGGGCUGGAGCAAGUGUGCUGCAGUGCCGUGGUGCUGGAUCAAUCGUGCUGCUGUGUCGUGGUGCUGGAUCAGGUUUGCUACAGCUGCGUCGCGGAGAGGGACUCUACAUCACGACGGCAGUUCUUCAUAUAUUAUAGUGAGUGACGACGUUUAACUUUAUUUUGCAAGCAUGGAAGCUCUAUCAAAUCUCCAAUUCAAUUUAUAUUCGGCCAUUAAUAGGGCGAAAUGUAAUUAUAAGAAAUCGCCCAAAGAACGUAUGACGAGUUCAUACAUUGAAGCCAGAUUGGAAAAUUUACAAUCUAAUUGGGAUACAUUUUGUGAUACACACAAAAAAAUUAUAACAUCUUCGAGCCCUGCCGAACUUGAAAUUAGUGAUUAUAAUCUGAAAAAUUUACAUGAAAUUACAGAAGAACUAUUUAUUGAUUACAAGGCCAAGCUAAAUGAAGAUUUGAAGACAGUGCUCAGUAAGAAUAGUAAAGGUGAGGUAUCUGAACCUUCUAAAAGGGAUUCCAUCAGGGAUAUCUGUACUGUUAAAUUGCCUAAAAUUGAGUUGCCAAUUUUUACUGGAAAAUACUCUGAAUGGAUUUCUUUUAGAGAUUUAUUUACGUCUUUAAUUUAUAAUAAUAAACAUUUAGAUGAUAUUCAAAAAUUACAUUAUUUGAAAACUCAUUUAUCGGGUGAAGCUGAGAGUCUUUUGCGUCAUAUUCCUAUAACUAGUGAUAAUUUCUUAAUUUGUUGGUCGCAAUUAGAAAAUAGAUAUAAUAAUAAGAAAUAUUUGGCAAAUUGUGUACUGAAACGUUUUAUGAGCCAAAGAAAUGUUGUAAUUGAGUCUUCAAGUGCAUUAAAAGAAUUGUUGGACACGUCUAGUGAAUGUUUACAUGCUUUAGAAAAUUUGGGUAUUAACGUUGAUAAUUGGGACAUUAUUGUUAUUUAUAUAUUGAGUUUAAAAUUAGAUGACGAAUCGCGUAAGCAAUGGGAGUUAAAAAUAAGUGAUUCAGACGCGUUACCUAGCUUUAGGGAAUUCAAAUCUUUCUUGGAACAGAGAUUUAGGGCAUUAGAAUUUCUGAAUACCAAAGGGCAACGUCCAAUGAACCGUAAUGUUCCAAUUAAAACGUACCACAUUUCUUCUGCAUUAUGUCCUUUUUGUAAAGACGAUCAUAAGUUAGCGAAUUGUAAAAAAUUUUGUGUCCUCGAUGUUGAGAAGCGUCGUGAUUUUGUCCAAACAAACAGUUUAUGCUACAAUUGUUUAAGUGGAAAUCACUCCGUCUAUGUAUGCCGCCAAUCUUCGAGAUGUCAUAUUUGUAGGGGUAAGCAUCAUACUCUCCUUCAUUUUAGGAAUGUUUCGAAAUCCGUUAGUGAUAGCAAAGCAACGGAUCAAGUUGGAGAGAACAGUGAUGAGCCUAUCGCAACUACUUCCAACCAGAGCAAGUCCAUCAAGGUUAUAAGUUGUUUCGCGAAUAGUAAUAGUCAAAUCUUAUUGGCCACGGCUUUAAUAGCUGUGGAAUUAAAGGGCGGUACUGCUAUUGUUUUAAGAGCUCUGAUAGACCAGGGUUCUCAGGCUUCGUUCAUAACGGAGUCCGCAGCACAGCUCUUAGGGUUAAAAAAGAUACCAACUAGGAGUUCGGUGUCCGGUAUAGGUGGUGAUCAAGGGCAAUCAAUGGUUUCGUUAAAUUCAGUCCUUGUAAAGGUUAAAUCGCGCAUCGAUCCUAGUUUUGUCGUUGAAGUUAAGGCUUAUGUUUUAAACAAACUAACUUCUCUUUUACCGCAAAGGAAGGUUAGAACAAAUGUAUUUAAUUCAAUCUCGUCUUUGGUUUUAGCAGACCCCAAUUUUGAUAUUCCAAAUAAAAUUGAUCUGCUAUUAGGCGCUGAUGUUUACGGCCAGAUAUUAUUAGAAGGUUUAGUCAAAGGUCCACCUGGUCUACUCAUCGCUCAAAAUACGAAACUAGGUUGGAUCUUGUCUGGUCAAGUCGGCGAACAAGUCAGCCAAAGCGAGACGUGUCACAACACUGUUGUGAGUUUGCAUUCAAUGGAAUUAGAUGAGAAUACACUCCUCAAACAAUUCUGGGAACUAGAAGCUGAGCCCAAAAGUGUUAAAGAUAAAGUCUACUUGACCCCGGAGGAGCAGAAGUGUGAAGAAAUUUUUAAGGACACCACUAAAAGAGAUGAAUCUGGUCGUUAUAUUGUACAUAUGCCCUUCAGAUCACACGAUCCUGCUUGUAAAUACGGUGGGUCAAAAGACAUUGCUCUUAAACGCUUUUUAGCCUUAGAAAAGCGAUUUCUAAGGAAUCCAGAGUUCAAGGCUCAAUAUUCAGCAGUUAUCAAUGAGUAUAUAGCCCUCAAUCAUAUGGAUUUAGUACAAGAUAGGAACGACGAAAGUUCUGUGUACUUACCUCAUCAUGCCGUCAUCCGUAACGAUAAAAGUACAACAAAGUUGCGCGUUGUGUUUGAUGCAUCAUGUGUAGGUAGCAACGGGGUAUCACUCAAUCACGAUUUAAUGGUGGGUCCUCGUCUACAAUCUGAACUUCGUCAUAUUAUCAUGCGGUGGCGUUGUGAACCUAUCUGUCUGGUUGCGGACAUCGUCAAGAUGUAUCGACAGAUUAAGGUAUGCAAUGAUCACACAGAUUUUCAGCGUAUAUUGUGGCGGGAGAAUCCAGACGACGAAAUUCAGGUCUUACGUCAUUUGCGAGUAACAUUUGGAACAUCAUCGGCGCCUUACCUAGCAGUAAGGUCAUUGCAGCAGUUAGCUCAAGACGAAGGAGCUGAAUUCCCUUUAGCAAAGAAUCGGGUUCUUUCAGACUUCUACAUGGAUGACCUUUUGACGGGCUGUCAAACUAUACAAGAAGGAGUGCAAAUAUAUAAGCAGAUGUCGGAGCUACUUAAACGUGGCGGUUUUCCACUCCAAAAGUGGGCUAGUAAUAGCAAAGAAUUAUUAAGAUUGAUUGAAGACGAUCAACAAAUAUUGCAAACACAAGGGAACAUGGAACUUAAAACAGAUUCAAUUUCGAAAAUAUUAGGUUUAACGUGGGACAAAGACAAUGACGAGUUCGUUUACACUAUUCAACUUAAUGAGCUAGAUUUACCAGUUACGAAGCGUAAGGUUAUUUCAGACAUAUCACGACUAUUCGAUCCCCUUGGAUGGUUAGCACCGGCAGUCAUCACUGCGAAGGUAUUUAUUCAACGAAUAUGGAUGACUGGGAUCGAAUGGGACGCAGAACUACCUGCACCAUUGCUGGAAGAGUGGCUUGACUAUCGGAAAAACCUUCGUAGCCUUGCUAAGUUUCGCCUGCCUCGUUGGAUCAAAUCUAGCAAGGAGAACCGGGUUCUGGAAUUGCAUGGAUUUUCAGAUGCAUCCAAUGUAGCAUACGCUGCGGUGGUGUACGCUCGCAUCAUUGAUAAAGAAGGGCACAUUCAUACAACCUUGGUGACUGCAAAAACUAAGGUUGCUCCUGUUAAGCAAGUAUCAAUCCCUCGUUUAGAACUCUGUGGUGCUGUUUUACUAGCAAAACUUCUUCAAGAAGUCGCUUCAACUUUAGAAGUUCCCAAACAGCAUUUAUAUGCGUGGACAGACUCAACCGUCGUAUUAGCAUGGUUAAGCAGCCAUCCUAGUCGAUGGAAAACUUUUAUCGCGAAUCGUGUUUCCGAAAUACUUACCAUUAUGGAUAGAAGUCAGUGGUCACAUGUGAUGUCGUCGGACAAUCCGGCAGAUUGCGCGUCUCGGGGGGUUAGCCCUUCCGAAUGUAACGACCUGCGACUCUGGAAGAGAGGCCCUUUAUGGUUACAGUAUGAAAAAAUAGACUAUAAUAGAGGAAAUAUACAAGAAACUACAUUAGAAGAAAGGAAAAUAAAAACAAAAUGUCAUGCAAUAGAAUUUGAUGAUAGUCUAUUAACUAGAUUUUCUAAGUUCAGUAGGUUAAUAAGAGUAAUAUCUUAUUGUAAACGAUUUCUACGAAGGAAGGAAUUGGGAUGUAAUAAAACUACUUGGCUAACUACAAAGGAAUUAAAUGAAGCUUUACUUACCUGUAUCAAACUCUGUCAGCUCCAGUCCUUUAACGAGGAAAUAGAAACUAUAAAAAAUAACCGUAAAUUAAGUAAGGGUAGUAGACUUAUCUCGUUGAGCCCUUUCCUGGACGAUGACGGGAUCUUAAGAGUCGGCGGUCGCUUGCACCGGGCUUCUAUUGAUGAGAAUAUGAAGCAUCCCAUUCUAAUUCCGCAUAAAUCAAACUUUACCAAUCUUUUGAUUGCAGAGGCUCACGAGAGAACUUUGCAUGGUGGGCCACAAUUGAUGCUAAAUUACUUAAGAUCCAAAUACUGGAUACUUAAUGCAAAGACUCUUGUUAGGCAACAUGUUCAUAAGUGUAUAACAUGUAUUCGACAUUCCACACAAACUCAUCAACAAAUGAUGGGUCAAUUACCGAAGGCUAGGGUGUCUGUUCAGAAACCCUUCCAAUGCAGUGGUGUGGAUUACGCAGGUCCAAUCAGCAUCCGAAGUUCGAAAGGUCGUGGUCAUCACCCCACUAAGGGUUACAUAUGUUUAUUUGUCUGUAUGUCUACUCGGGCUAUUCAUCUCGAGGUAGUCAGCGACAUGACAUCUCAGAGUUUCCUUGCGUCUUUUAAGCGUUUUGUAGCCAGGCGUGGUCGAGUAGUGGACCUAUGGAGUGAUAACGGGACCACAUUUGUUGGUAGUGCAAGGGAAUUGCGACAACUAUUCAAUGCUGAAAGGUCUACGGUAGCUUCGGAAAUAGUGGAUUUCUUAUCUACGAAUGGCACGACUUGGCAUUUCAUACCUCCCCAUGCUCCAAACUUUGGAGGAUUGUGGGAGGCGGGUGUAAAAUCCACGAAGCACCAUUUAAAACGAAUUAUAGGCACUAGUACAUUGACAUUUGAAGAGAUGACAACUGUGCUGGCUCAAAUUGAGGCCUGUCUAAACUCGAGGCCUAUCUCUCAGCUUUCUAACAACCCAGAGGACUCAUGUCCAUUGACUCCUGGGCAUUUUCUCGUAGGUGAACCUCUGGUAAUUGUACCCGAUGUUAAUUAUGAAAAUUCAUCUGUUAAUAACCUGAAGCGAUGGCAUCUUACACAGAAAAUGGUUCAAAACUUCUGGCGUAGAUGGUCGCUGGAGUACUUGACUCAAUUGCAGCACCGAUAUAAAUGGACAAAUUGUAACCCUGAACCUGAGAUUGGGGACGUAGUUCUGGUGAAGGAAGAUGGUCUUCCACCCGCUAGAUGGCUAUACGGUAUCAUUAAAAAUAAGCAUCCAGGUUUGGACAACAUCACUCGCGUGGUAACGAUACGCUGUAAAAAUAAUGAGAUCAAAAGACCUGUAUCAAAAUUAAUUUUUUUACCUGUGAAUGCUUAGUGAUUGCCUAUCAGUUUAUUAAUGAAAUUUAUAUUAUAUUCAGGUUUCUUUUGUGUGUACUUAUUUGAAUGAACUUGUGUCUUUUACUUGGUUUUAUUGUCACUUUUGUUAUUAUUGCUGUUUGUAAUUUAAGUUAUUAUUAUAUGAUUUAAGUUAUUUUUCAUGUUGUUUGAUGGACAGAGCCGUCCAUGGUGGGCGGAAUGUUUAAUGUUUAGGCUUAUAAAAUAUUUGUUGUAGUUUUGUCAAAAUCUAAUAGAUGGCGAUAUGUCAGUGACGUCAUCUUUCUGUAUCGCGGUGUUAAGAUUUUCAGCCGAAGAAUGACACCGCGGUAAUAUUUCAUUAAAGUUGUCUUGCUCUGAAA